CAGCUAGAGGGGCGUAGAAGAUGUAUUCAUUGAGUAGAAAUGUGAUGAGAUUGAGCGCUUCGCUCCACAAUGGUAAACCAAAUCAAGAAGGCCUUCAGGUUCUUCUAUGGGAAACGCCGAGACAUUUUUCCAGUGAAUCUGAAGAGCCGAAGAAGGAGCCAUCCAUUGAUCCAUUUCUUCAGCGCUCAAGCAGCGGUAUGGUCUUUGGAAGACUAGUUGGCUCUCCAAGAAACACAAUCAAGACCGAUAUUAUCAAUUUGUUGGAAGGGUGUAAUUUGACGCCACAGGAUAUUAAAUUCGAAUACAACCGGGCUUAUUCUCCAACCUCUGUGAUGGUUCAGUUUCCCUCGCGAGCUGUUUUUGACUCUGCUAUACGGUCGAUUGGUAGGAAGGGAAGGCUGUACAGGCUGGAUAAGGCAGAUCGUAGCCAAUGGGAUUUGCUCACAGCAUAUGAUGGAAAAGUUGCAUUACUGCAAGGACUUCCUCGCAAUGCACUUCCAGAGGAUGUAGAGCGGUUCCUGUCUGGUUGUGAUUUUGAUGCUUCUAGCCUCCAGAUGUUUGUUAGGCCAGCAUUCCCAGAUCCUAUCCGGUUGGCACUGGUGAACUUUCCAUCACAGACCCAGGCAAUGCAUGCUGCCCUUGUGAAGAACAGAAGCUUUUGUCUCAAUAAUCAAGUCACAGUACGGGUUCUUCAAUAAGGAUGCUUGUUCUUGCUGGAUCUUAUUGGUGUAUUUUGCUACGAACUGUACUAUAUGGUUACAGUUCUAGGAUUACUACAAAUUUGUGCCUGAAGGUAGAAUGUUUGGAUAUUGUUUGUCAUGUUCUCAAGCUUGUUUCCUUUCCAGUUUCUCAGAGGUAUUAUUAUUGAUUUGACUGCAGCUUUGACA